CAACUAGUCCUCAUCCAGACAGCUGCACAGUUUGUCUAAGCACACAGCCAUGUUCCGUGAUCCACAUUCGGCGGCCAAUAGGUGCACGCGACGCGCAUGCCAAAUGCGCCGGCAACCGUGACCGGCCACGGCGCAUCCGCCAUUACGACUAAGAUUGCCAAGAGUCAAGCCCAAGCCGCUGAGUGAAGAGAGGGCAAAGUGCAAACGAGCCAACACUGCGUGAUUUCUCGUCGGUUCUCCUCGAGAAAUCGACUUGCAACUUUCUUUUCAUUCCUAUUCACGGAAAUAUUCUCUCACUCUCUGCCUGUGUAGUUUGAUCGAUUUUCAACAGUGUCCAUGUCGAACGCGAUGUCUACGAAUCGCUAAGACGCGACAGUUUGUUUUGCCAGAUUACUUGAAAGAGAAUUGCUUACGAGGGGGGGACAAAGGAGAGGAUGGAGGUGGACGGUAUAGCAGAGCAGCAGCAGCAGCAGCAACAGCAACAGCAACAGCAACAGCAACAGCAACAGCAGCAGCAGCAACAACAGCAGCAGUCAUCGUCGCAAGCACUGAUACACGAUGUUUGUAUGGACGAGGGCGAAGAGUAUUACUACGAAGGCGACGAUUAUAGGCACUUUCCGCCUAGAGGUCGAGCUGGAUUCAGCGAUAACGAUUUAAGGGGAAGAGGAGCUAGCCGAGGCUUUGAUUACUCGCCAAGAGGAGGCCCACCUAGGUUUCGAGGCAGAGGAGGCUUUGGUUCACGUGGAGUUCCACCUAUGUACAGGGGAGCUAACAACGGCUAUCCCUACGAAGGUCCACCACCACCUCGACCACCGCCAAACUGCCCACCAGGAUCUUCUGGACCCAGGUACAGAGGUCCUCCACCUUUUGAUCCUAGCUGGGGACCUAUGGGACCACCACCAAACAUGAUGGGACCACCUAGCAUGAUGGGCCCACCAGGAGGAAUGCCACCACCUCAUAUGAUGAAUGGACCAGGACCAGGACCUUAUGGACCACCAGGACCUGGAAUGGGAUCUCCCAAUAUGAAUAACAUUCCAGGUCAACAGCAGCAGCACCAAAUGCCGCAACAAAGCAACAUUCCAGGUAUUGACCUUAAUGGAGAGGUCUGGGUGGAAACCAAGACCCAAGAUGGAAAGUGUUACUAUUACAAUAUUAGAACUCGAGAAACCACAUGGACAAAGCCUGAAGGCCCCAAUGUUAAGGUGAUGGUGCAAGAUCAAUUGGAACAACUGGUUCAUGGUGCAUCAAAGCAGAGCACAGGUGCCACAGUGGCUACAUCUCCAGUUAAUGCAGUCAUGGGACAUCAACAACAGCAACAACAGCAACAACCGUCACAACAGUCAUCUCAACAACAACAACCACAGCAACAACAGCAACAGCAACCACAGCAACAGCAACAGCCAUCGCAACAGCAAGUACAAUCAGCAGCUGGCAAUGGUGCUGAGGUAAGAAUGCAGCAAGAAGGCGAGACGUCGACUUCCUCAUCGUCUGGUACGCCCAGUGCUAUUGAACAAGAAUCAAGUCAAGUAAGUACAGCCCCUCCAGGUACUGCUAUCGCAACUGGUCCCGCGUCCGGGGCAGCUGAACCAUUGGAUACAACAAAUUCGUCUGAUGCAGCACCGCAGCAGAUGGGACAGGCUCAGCAGACAAAUGGUUCCGCUAUUCCUGUUGCAACUGUCGCACCUGCUGUCGUCAGCUCGGCAGCCAUCAAUACGAACAGUACGAUGAUACAGCCUCCGCCAAUGAUGUCUAUGCAGCAUAGAAUGCCAGCACCUUACGGCGGGAUGCCGGGCCCUUUCGGGGCGCCUACUGGCGCACCUUAUGGAAUGCCACCACCGAGCUUCCAGCCUUUUGCCGCUGGCUAUGGGCCGCCUCAAGCUGGCUGGGGAAUGCCACAAAUGCAGCACGCAAUGCCAAUGGUCCAAUCCGCCUCUGUGCCUGCCGAAGAUCCCAACGUAAUUUCACAGAUCGAUCCCGAGACCGUUGCGAACGCCAUGCUGUGGACCGAGCAUCGAGCGCCCGAUGGCCGCUCGUACUAUUAUAACAGUAAAGCCGGCGAAUCUGUUUGGGAGAAACCUCAGGCCUUGAGAGAUUUUGAAGCUGCUAAAGCCGCACUAAUGAAGAAACAAUCGGAAGAUGCCGCGGCUGUGUCGUCAACGGUAUCUACGCCCACGUCGACAGCGACAACGACUUCGACCGCGGUGACUCCAGCGGUAACGACCAACAGCAACGAUCAGCCCGCGAAAGCUGGCGCAGAAUCAAAAGCAUCAAGUGGUGACGGUAGUGUGACAGAAGAGAAAACGAGAAAAGACGAGACCAAUAAAGAGCUGGCCAAACCGCAGGACAAGUCGAGGCCUGUUUCAAGUACCCCAGUUCCUGGCACACCUUGGUGCGUUGUGUGGACCGGCGAUGGACGUGUAUUUUUUUAUAACCCUUCAUCGAGGAUCUCAGUUUGGGAAAGACCGGAUGAACUGAUCAGCAGAGUAGAUGUAGAUAAGAUGGUAGCUGGCCCACCUGAUGCUAGUGUAUCUGCCAAUGCAACGCCCAAGAGCGAGACACGUCGAUCUGGAUCCGACAUUGAAAGUGACAGCAGUGAUGAGGAAGAACAACAUAGUGCCAAAAAAAUAAAAUUAGACGAACCUAAAGUCAAUUCUGCAAAAGAAGAAGAGGAAAGAGACCCCAAGAAAACUAUAGAUAUUGGCAAAGAAGCAGCAAUAGAGGCUGAAGUACGAGCCGCAAGAGAACGAGCUAUUGUUCCGCUGGACACUAGGAUUAAAUCUUUCAAAGAAAUGCUUACAGAAAAAGAUGUAUCGGCUUUCAGUACGUGGGAAAAAGAACUGCAUAAGAUUGUAUUUGAUCCUCGUUACUUGCUGUUGACGUCGAAAGAAAGAAAACAAGUUUUUGAAAAAUACGUUAAAGAGAGAGCAGAAGAGGAGAGGAGAGAAAAACGAAAUAAAAUGAAAGAACGCAAAGACCAAUUUCAAAAGUUGCUUGAAGAAGCUAAUCUUCAUGGAAAAUCGUCUUUUAGUGAUUUCGCUCAGAAGCAUGGCCGUGACGAGCGUUUCAAAAAUAUUGAUAAAAUGCGCGAGCGCGAGAGUCUAUUCAACGAGUACUUGUUGGAAGUCAGAAAGCGCGAGAAGGAAGAGAAGGCUGUCAAACGAGAGCAGGUGAAAAAGGAUUUCCUGAUGAUGUUGCGCGACCACAAGGAUAUCGACCGCCACUCGCACUGGGGCGACUGGAAGAAGCGGCUUGAGUCAGAUUGGCGUUAUAGGAACGUUGAAUCGGCCGGUCAACGGGAGGACUGGUUUCGAGAUCAUGUACGUUUGCUAAAGGAGGAGCGACGCAAAGAAAAGGAAAAACGGGAAAAGAAUCGCGAGGAAAAGGAAAAACACCGUGACAAGGAUCAUCACAAAGAAAAGGAUAAAAAGGAGAAAAAAGAAAAAAAUAAGGACAAGGAUAGAGACAAGGAAAAGAGUAAGGAUAAAAAGGACAAAGACAGGGAAAAGAGCAAAGAAAAAGACAAAGAUAAGAAUAAGGAGAAGGACAGAGACAGAGACAGGGAGAGGGACAGAGACAGGGAUAGGGACAGGGAUAGGGACAAGGAUAAGGACAAGGAUAAGGACAAGGAUAAGGAUAAAGAUAAGGACAAGGAUAAAGACAAGGUUAAGGACAGGGAUAGAGAUAGGGAUAGAGAUAGGGAUAGGGAUAGGGAUAGGGAUAGGGAUAGGGAUAGGGAUAGGGAUAGGGAUAAGGAUAAGGAUAAGGAUAAGGAUAAGGAUAAGGAUAAGGAUAAGGAUAAGGAUAAGGAUAAGGAUAAGGAUAAGGAUAAAGACAAGGAUAAGGAUAAGGAUAAGGAUAAGGAUAAAAAAGAGGAAAAGGAAAAGGUUGAUGAAAAAAUGGAAGUGGAUAAUGAAAAGGAAAUCGGCGAAAUCGAUGACACGGAGGAGAGUAAUCACAAAGAUACCUCGAGUGCCAAAGAUAACGAGAGCGAUCACCACGACGAUGACGACGACUAUGAUAAGUCUGACGCCGAGGCUGCAGCCGCUGAAGAAGAGAAGCAAAAGCGUGAAAAGGAGAGAAGAGCAGAAGCAAGUCUCCGAGAGCGAGAAAGAGAAGUCCAGAGGACAUUAGCCACGCAUUUGAGGGAUCGAGACAAGGAGCGGCAGCAUCACCGGCACGCUGAGGCCGUACAACAUUUUAAUGCCCUACUGGCCGAUUUGGUGAGGAAUAGUGACUUGGCAUGGCGCGAAGCAAAACGUCAGCUGAGGAAAGACCACCGAUGGGAAUUAGUUGACUCGUUAGAGAGGGAAGAGAAAGAAAAACUGUUUAAUGAGCAUGUGGAACAGUUAGGACGUAAAAAGCGCGAUAAGUUCAGAGAACUUCUGAAUGAAGUCGGUGCUUCCACCGAUUUAAAUGCUGCGUGGAAGGAGGUUAAAAAACUACUCAAGGAUGAUCCUCGCUAUCUUAAAUUUUCUUCCAGCGAUAGGAAAUGCGAAAAAGAGUUUAAAGAGUACAUAAAGGACAAGUUAGUAGCGGCGAAAGCUGAUUUUCGCGAGUUGCUACAAGAAACCAAGCUGAUAACGGAUAAAACCUUAAAAAAGGUACAAGACAAUAACGGACACUUGCAAGAGAUUGAGGAUAUUCUGAAAAAAGACAAGCGGUAUUUGGUACUCGAAGCCGCGGCCUCAGAGCGGUCGCGUCUGCUAAUGGGCUACUUGGAAGAGUUAGCUCGAAGAGGCCCACCACCUCCACCUACAGCAUCCGAGCCGUCGCGUCGACCGGCUGUCAAGUAAAAACUUAUCGUUGUCUCGUGUAAGUGUGAGUGUUCUGGGCGUCCAAGGAUGAAAAUACAACCAAAUGCGAGGGAACUCUUUGUAAAUACUAUAUGUGUUGCUGACGGAGUUGUUCAAUA